CCAAAGACAGGGGAAACCGGGAACCACUUAACGCGACCAAAUCGCGUCACGUCGCGUCUCCAAACCAAAGGACCGAUAUUCCAUAUUGGCUUUAGUUUUCACUGCCUCACUACCCCGCCCAAAUCAGUGAUUGUCACCGUCUUUAUGACCAAUUGACCAGCGUCGACACGGCCCCAGGACCUCCAACGAUAUCACAAUGUCCGAUCCGGUGGUGGAAGAGUUGAACGAGCGCUUUGGGACCGGAGGGAAAGAGUUGGAGCCCGAUGUUCUUGCUGAGCUCCAGUCUAUCAUGCGGCUUCACCAGCUCUCCCCGCAGGAUCUGUUCUUCAAGUUCGAGUCGUACUCGAUCAAGCUGGACAUGGAUGGCAUGAAUGUUACAAUAGACACGUUGCGCGCUUUCAAACAGGACCUCCAAAGUGCGCUUGAGCGCAGCAAUCGAUCCCAGGCGUACAUCAAGCCCGAAAAGCGCAUUGGCGCAACCCCACGAGCGUCGGCUGCCAAGAAUGGCGACGUCUUUGGCAUGUUGGACGGGCUCGUCCCGAACACCCCCGGAUCAGGGAAGCUCAACAAGGUGGCGUCGGCGAAGAAGAGGCAAUUAGACACGCCUUCGAUCUCGAGGGUCAAGGGUGAACAUCCUGGCAGCUCGCCAGAUCAUAAGUCGCCUUCCAGGUUGGAAGACCAUCUCAACUCCCUCGGCGUUCUUCCCCCGUCGUCUUUCAAUGACCGCCAAACCCCCGGCGAGAUUAUCGAAGUCCUCAACGAUCACCUUCCGGCCGCGGAGCCGCCCAUUGCCCCAUUCGGCGAGUCUCGAAUCAAACUCACCGCUGCCUCCGACCAGAAGAAGCUGGGAUACAAGACCUUGGCCAUGAAGUUGAGUGAAGCUUCCGAGAUCCUCGAUGACCGGAUAGACGACUUCAUGAAGCCGGUCAUGGAGCAUCACAAGGUGGAUGAAUCAGAGUUCGGCAGCGCUGCAAGUCAGAGCACGAGCGACGUAGUUGCCCUUGGUCGGGUAGCCUCAGACUCGGCCGAAGGGAGGCUUAACGCAGCAUCUCUGGUACUGGAAACAUCGAGGCGAACGGGCGGUGGACUCCGCAUACCGUUGAACCUGGAGCAGCUCAAGGGCAGGUACCAAUUCUUUCCCGGACAGAUUGUUGCUCUGAAGGGCAGCAAUGCGUCUGGUCGCGAAUUCAUGGUGAGAGAGGUACUCCCUAUUCCGCCUUUGCCAAACGCAGCAUCCACCCCGUCCGCUCUCGAAGCCCAUCGGGAGCGACUCCGUGGUGGUCCCGAUGUCAUGGAUUCCGAUUCAGAGCCAUUACCCCUGAAUGUCAUGUUUGCUUCCGGCCCCUAUAGUGCAGAUGACAACUUAGAUUUCGAACCGCUUCAUGCCCUCUGUACCCGAGCAGCGGACAUAUACGCCGACGCUCUCAUCUUGACGGGACCCUUCAUCGACAUGAACCAUCCCCUCAUUGCCACUGGCGACUUCGACCUCCCAGACGAAGCCGUCGUGGACCCCGACACGGCAACCAUGUCGACCGUCUUCAAAUACAUGAUCUCUCCCGCCCUUAACCGCCUCGUCGCCUCCAACCCGCACAUCACCAUCCUGCUCAUCCCGUCCGUCCGCGACGUCAUCGACAAGCACGUCUCCUGGCCGCAGGACAGCUUCCCGCGCAAGGACCUCGGCCUGCCCAAGACGGCCAAGGUCAUCGGCAACCCCAUGACGCUGAGCAUCAACGAGAUGGUCAUGGGCAUCAGCAGCCAGGACGCCCUGUUCGAGCUGCGCCACGAGGAGCUCGUCGGCGGCCGCCCCGCCGACCCGGCCCUGCUGUCGCGCCUCAGCCGCUACCUCAUCGAGCAGGGCCACUUCUUCCCCCUCUUCCCGCCCGCAGACCGGCAGAAGCUGCCCAAGGUCGGCACCCCGGACGGGAUCCCCGCCGGUGCUGCGGUCGACGCGAGCUAUCUGAAGCUCGGCGAGAUGGUAAAUGUUCGACCGGAUGUGCUUGUCGUGCCGAGCUCGCUACCGCCCUUUGCAAAGGUCGUGGAAAGCGUGUUGGUCAUCAACCCCGGAUACCUGUCCAAGCGACGGGGGGCUGGCACCUACGCCCGGAUGAUCCUGAAGGCCCCGUCACUGACCGAUCAAAGCUUGAGUAGUGGAGGCAUGAUGGGACACAACGUAUUUGGGAGGGCAAGGGUCGAGAUUACGAGGAUCUGAGCCUCUGGUUUACGAUGUACAUGUAUGUAUAUGACAAUGGUGACGUGGACUUCGGGGGAGUCGGGUAUCAAGGCUUGGUAUUUUACUACAAUAGUGCUUGGGGCUUAGGGUAUGCGGUUCAUGAUACCAUUUAUCUGGCGUCUACCCGCCGACGCUUAUCACCCUCGUGACGAUCCCGCUCCCGUGAGGACUCCCUUUUCCGCCGAUCCCGAUACUCGUCUCGCUCACGGUCUCGGUCGCCUUCUCGGUGGUUGUUCCGGGGUGAUCUCGACCUCCUGUCACUGUCACGGUCCCCCUCACGG